AUGAAUUCUCUAACUUUCAUUAUUUCUUUGGUGGCACUUUUCUCGAUUUCAAAUGGAUUCCCAGCCACAUUGUUCCCUGAUCCAGAAUUCCAAGAUUUCCCGAUUCCGGAUACUGUAGAUGAGUUGGAUCCGAGUACUGUAGUCCAAUUAUUUAUUGAAUUUGAAAGAGAAUACAACAAGGAAUACAUGUCACCAUUAGACCAGGCGAAAGCUCGAUCUAUUUUUCAAUUCAAUGUCGAAAGCAUCAUCAGACUAAACCAGCAAUAUGCAAACACUUCCCUCCGUUUUGGUAUCAACUAUUACACAGACUUCUCAGAUUUGGAAUUCAAAGAAAAGGUCGCCAACUUGCAUGUGGAUUCAGUUUCUCAAGAUUCUCAAAUUGGGGAAUCAGCACCAAAUCUUGAAAAUAUUCCAACUUCUUUCGAUUGGAGAGACAGAGAGAAUACAGUGGGAGGAGUCAGUAAUCAAGGAUACUGUGGAUGUUCAUGGGGAUUCACUGUUUCUGCAGUCAUCCAAUCAGCCUUUUCCAUUCAAAACUCCAAAUUCUUCAUUCCAUCCGAACAGCAAUUAUGUGAUUGUGCUCAAGGAGGAAACUCUGGAUGUUCUGGUGGAAGUGUGAGAGAUGGAUUCGAAUAUGUGAAACAAAAUGGAAUUAUUUUGGAAGAGAAUUAUCAGAAACACAUUGAAAAACAUCAAGAAAUGUAUUGUGUUCAACAGAAAGAUUCAAUCCACGUGUCAAACUAUAAAUUCAUCCAACCAGCAAAGUCAUCUGAAAUUCAAAAAACUCUAAUUUCCAAUGGUCCGAUUGCAGUUGGAUUCAAAGUUUCCAACUCAUUCCGCCACUAUAAAUCUGGAAUUUUCUCUUUGAAUGAUUGCGAGAUUUCCGAUAAUUUUAUCGGAUGGCAUUCUGUAACAAUUGUUGGGUACGGUACCGAGAAUGAACAAGACUUUUGGAUAGCAAAGAACUCAUGGAGCCCCAGUUUUGGAGAAGAAGGAUUCUUCAGAAUUUCGAGAAAUGUUGAUUUGUGUCAAAUCGAAUCCAAAAUGCCAAUGUUUGUACAGCUCUAG